AUGGCCGUGCCCGCCGCGCUGCUCAGCCCCCAUCACCUGCUCUCCUUCUGCUUCCCUGCCGCCGGGGGCCUGCUGGGCUAUGCCGACCUGGACAAGGGCUACGAGGGCGGCGGCGACGCCGCCGGGGACUUUAAAGAAGCCACCAGGGACCUGCUGAGCUUCAUCGACUCGGCCUCCAGCAACAUCAAACUGGCGCUGGACAAGCCGGUGAAGUCCAAGCGGAAGGUGAACCACCGCAAGUACCUGCAGAAGCAGAUCAAGCGCUGCACCGGCAUCAUCGCCGCCGCCCCCCCGCCGCCGCCUCCCGCUCCUCCGGCGCCCUCCGCUUCCUCCCCGUCCGCUUCAUGCCCCGCUAAGCCCCCGCCGCGCCGGGAGGGCUCGCAGGGAGCCAGCAGCCUCCAGAGCAAGAGCUUGGCCGCGCUCUUCGGGUCGCUGGGGCACGGCCCUGGCCCUGCGGGCGGCGGGGAGGCGGCUGCGGGGAGCGGCCCACGGAAGGUACCGCUGCGGGACCGCAAUCUGCCCCCUUCCUUCUUCACGGAGCCGGCGCUGCCGGCUGCGGCCCGCGGGCCGGUACCGGGAGCCAAGGAGCCGGAGAAGGGCGGCGGGGAUGCGGUUGAGUUCUUCGAGCUGCUCGGCCCCGAGUACAACGCGCUGCUGCCCGAGCACACUGCCCCGCAGGACGCCUUCCCCGCCCGCCUGCCCGCAGAGCUGGGCCUGGAGCACGGCCUCUACGACGCGGCGCUGCCGCUGCCCGGCGCUCAUCACCCGCUGCUGGGGGGGCUGCUCUACCCCGAGCCCUGGAGCCCGUCCGGGCCCUGCAGCCCCGGCAAGAAGGCGCCGUCCGAAGCGCUGCGCCCGCUGUACCCCGGCCCUGCGGAGCCGGCCCCCGGCGGCGGCAGCGAGGAGCCCGGAGGGCACCUCCCGGCCGGGUUCGCUUCCUUCUUCCCCGAGUGCCCUCUGCCCCCGCCGCAGGUGCCCUAUGAGUACAGCGCCGGCUUCCACCGCGCCGCCUUCCCCGGGCUGUAGGGCCGCGAUGGGGGACGGGGGGGACGCGGGUCCCGCAGGGUUCAUGCUGCGAGCGCCUCCCCAGCGAAUAGAAUGGGAGAUGAGGGGUUCCUUUCACAGCGGCCGGUGAGCGGCGUCAGUCGGGGUCGGGGUUUGUCCGGCUGCAGCAGACGCGGCUCGGUGUAUGCGGCGUGGCAACGGGGGCAAGCGGGGACCUCUUGUCCGUGAUUUCCGUCUCCCAGCUCGGCCACCUCUUGCGGUGCCUUUAGCGUUUUUCCCAGGCUCACCGGUGCGGGUGAAGGACACAAAGGCGAGGAAAAGAGAUGCUCCAGGGAAGCAAUGCUGCUACCAAAACUGAAGAGUCCUGAGGUCGAACAGUGUCUUGAAGGAUCAUGCAAACAGCAACCGACAGCGAUGCUGAAGCGAUGGUGUAGGUUGGGGACAGAGCUGCACUGUAGUGCGGGGAUGUGAUUCCUACAGACCACGGGAUUCCUUCCUUCCAGGAACGUGGCAGAGCUCGGAAGGGGCCGCGGCUCAGUCUCACCGUGUACAGGAGAUUAUUUGAUAAUCAUUUAAGUUAUGUAAAAGAGUCUAUGAUAGGUCCUAUAAAAAUAAAGCUACACAAUAGAUCUGG